GAUUAACAAAUAGUGGUGUUAAAAAGAGCAAACUCUUUCCACUUGCCACAGUGUGAAGGUGAAGCACAAAGCAUCUGUAAAGAAGGCUGAGCAAUUGAAAGAAACUGUGUUGAAAAGAGUGUACUCUUGUUGAGGCUGAUGGUAAAUGUGCUUGAGGCAGCCAAAAUAGACAUUAAAAGAAUCACACAUCCUCUUUCCUCUGGCCUUCAGACAAUUUUUAAAUCGGAAAUACUUGGGAAAAUAUUUUGAGGUCCUUCUGAACAUAUUUUUUCUGAGAAGUGUACUGCCAAAAUGAAUUUUACAGACCCUCCUUCUACAGAUUACCCCUAUGAUUCAGACUAUCCUUUUCUAAUCACGUCACCUUGUUCUAAGCUGGAAGUCAGGAACUUCACAAAAGCAUUUCUGCCAGUUGCAUAUUCAUUGAUUUGCAUCAUUGGCCUCUUUGGUAACAUCUUUGUGGUGAUGACCUUCGCUCUGUAUGAAAGAACCAAGUCCAUGACGGAUGUGUACCUCUUCAACAUGGCCAUAGCAGACAUACUGUUUGUUCUUACUCUUCCACUGUGGGCAGUCAAUUACGCUGCUGAUGAAUGGAUUUUUGGUGAUUUCAUUUGCAAAAUGACUAGAGGUAUCUAUGCAAUCAACUUCAGCUGUGGCAUGCUGCUUCUGGCCUUCAUCAGCGUGGACCGGUACAUCGCUAUCGUACAGGCAACAAAGUCUUUUAGACUCAGGGCAAGAGCCCUUGCACACAGUAAACUCAUCUGUCUGGCUGUGUGGAUAUCAUCAAUUUUAAUCUCCAGUUCCUCUUUUCUGUACAGUGAAAGUUACAGCUUCUCCAUCAAUGAAACCAAAGAGAUUUGUGAUCACAGAUUUGAAGGAAUAUUUGAAAGCACGACGCUGAAAUCGCUCCUGCUGUGGCUGCAAGUUGUGUUUGGAUUUUUUAUACCUUUCAUAUUCAUGAUUUUUUGCUACACCUUCAUUGUCAAAUCCUUACAACAAGCUCAGAAUUCCAAAAGAAACAAAGCAAUCCGUGUGAUUGUAUUAAUUGUAGCUGUUUUCCUAGUUUGCCAGGUACCUUACAACAUUGUUCUUCUCAUAACAGCUGUCAACAUGGGCAAGAUAGACAAAUCUUGUGACAGUGACAAGAUCAUGGCUUAUGCAAAAUACACCACUGAAACCAUAGCAUUUUUACACUGUUGUGUGAACCCUGUGCUCUAUGCAUUUAUUGGAGUGAAGUUCAGAAGUUAUUUUGUGAAGCUAAUGAAGGACCUAUGGUGCAAGAGAGACAAGAAAGACAAUAAACGUAGCUCAAGGACAAACUCUGAUACUUAUCAUUCAAGACAGACUAGUGAAAUUCUGACUGACAAUGGAUCAUCUUUCACUAUAUAAUACAAUUUGAACAAUGUUAGUUCUGAAGGAAUCUUCUCACCAAGCAUCCCAAACCAAUGUCACUGUGCAUGUGGCAGCAAGUCUUCUGACCUUCUCUGUGCCUCUAAAGGACAUCCAAUGAGCUGCAACUCCUUUCAGGAAAUUAAUUAGGAUAAAGGAAUAAUACUAUCCUGUGUAAAACCAAAGCCUUAUCAAUUUCUCUUGGUGCUCCUCUAAAGUACAUUCUCUUGGAAUCAUAAAGAAAGUGAAGUUUACAGAGGAACCCUCAUCACUGUGUAAGGAAAAAUUGCAUCUCAUCUCUUCUACACCACUGAAAUAUCCCCAAAAUAAUAAGUAAAUGAAAAAGGUUAUGUCUAGGCUCUUUCUUCCAUUUAUGUUGUUUCUGUUGAUUACUUCCACCUGGAAAUCCUACUGAGGUGUAGCUCUCAGUGUGUUUGUGUUGCAGACUGGUCACAUUGUGACAAUACUAACCCAAAGAAACGGCAUUUUGAGGAAAGCACAACAAGGAUUGUGAACUGAGAAAUGGAAAAACAAACUCAGGACUGCUGACAUAGCUGGGCUGUGGUGCUUAGUCUUGCAAAUCUUUGCUCAGUGCUAUUUUGAACAGAGAGUGAAGCUUUGCUUGAAAGUUUCUUCUCUUUGUUUGGCACAAACAAGAAUGAGGAUUCAGAUGCUGGAAUCCAACAAAGCUGAUAAUCUGAUGAAUAUAUCUUUGUAAAAUGUUGUCUCUUUCUAGAUGAAAUUCACACCCUACUUUUUAAAAGGCAAUUAACUGCAUGAAACUGCAAUUAUUCCAACACUAUUUGUUGGAAUGUGAUUGGUGACAAAAUAUGAAGCAUUUCUUUGUAUUUAGCUACCACUAGCAAAGAUUCCUUAGGAAUGUAUUUACCAGCUCAAAUAUGCAAAUAUAUAGUUUCAGAAGUUACUUAGAAGUUAUUAUCUAAAAAAAGAGAGCAGAAUCUGACUUAAUUCAGCCAGAAAUUUUACUGAGUCUGUAUUUGACUCACUAUAAAUAUAGGAAUAUUUGUAAUAAAUGCAAUUAGUUUUACCCAGCCUUGGGUAAAACACUUCAGCAAAUCCUCAGUGGAUUUUCUGCUCAUUGAGUGAGCUUUACCACUGCUGGAGUCACUGUGGGACAGUGAGAUAGACAGAAGUAGGAGCCGAAGAUCCCUUAAGAAAAUAAUUAAUGUGGCACAUGAAACUAGUACUGCCUUGGCUGGUACAAUCCAUCCAUGUUUCCACUGCAGCAUCAGGUUUUUAAAUAUCAGUGCCAGAUAUGAUAACGAGUGCAUAUAUUUAUCAUAAUUGAAUAACAAUUCGCAAGAAUAUGGUAGAAAAUUAUGUAAAUACAGAUGCAUGCAAUUUGCUGUACAUAGCCAUGAUGAUUUUCUGGAAAAGAAUUCAGUGAAUAAAAAAUGUAACUGAAAAGGAAAAAAUCCCUUCAUAUGUAAGAGUUCCUUGCUAUAUCCAUUGCUGUGAAACUUUCUCUUAGUCCAUGAAAAAUCUGUCAAAAUCUGAACAGUCCAUCCAUCAGGGACUCCCUGAGGGAAUGUGCCCCAGGAAGGGAAAUGUUGGAACCCUGGUCACAAAGAAUUUUAGAUUUUCUGCACUGACAUGCACUGACCCCCAAGAAAACACUGCUUUUGACCCGAGGCCUUGGAGAAGGCUUCCAAAAUUGAAUGAUAGAACUGGGGUUAUGGGUGUGUAGUUUUAAUAGAAGUGUGUAAUAUCACAUGGUGGAAAACUCAGAAUUUGAGGUUUUAGAAUAUAGCAAUAUAUAGAAAGCAAGAUGGAGGCUUUAAGGGGGAGGUUUGUCUUUUUCACCUUCUUCUUCAUGGGUCUGGAUGGGAUUUUGUAACUGGAUAAAACAGUCUGCAUUGCAGGCCAUGGGUGAUUGGUUAUUGGGUUAAAAGUGAAAAUAAUUGAGGUGUCAUUUCUUAACUGGACAGUUUAUCCUUAAAAGGCCUUGUAGAGAGAGAAGUACAGCUCCAUUUUUAGCUUGUUAGCUUGAGGUGCUGUGGAACUCACAGUUUGUGAGAAUGUAAUAUAGAUAGGAAUUAAUAAACAUCUGAGU